GAGCUGGUUGUGCAGCAAUAUAUAAACGUGAUAACUAAAAAAAAUAGACAAAUAAUAAUAAUAACUUUAUUUAUAUAGCACCUUUUAAAAACAAGGUUUACAAAGUGCUUUGACAGACCAGCCAGCAAGACAGUGCAUAAGAAACUAAAUGAAAUAACAAGUGACAAUCAAAUAAACAAACAAAAUAAUGAAAUAAAUAAAAUCAAGUGAUAAUGGUAAAAUAUAGUAAACAAAUAUAAGAUAAAACACCAAGACCAAAUGAAAAUGAACCAAUAAAACGACGACAUCACAUAAAAGCCAAUCUAUAAAAAUGUGUUUUAAGAAGUGAUUUAAAAGAGAAAUGACUGCACAAAUGAGGUAGAAAGUGAUGGGUACAAUCCAGUUUUACAACACGCCAUGCAUAUAGUAGAUUAGUAAAGUUACAUCUGUAACAAACUUACAUAUAACUGACAUAAACGAAUAAUGCAAACUAACUGUAGACACCCAUCCAGUGCCAACAUCAUUCUCUUCUUAACAACUCCACAGAAACAAAGUUGGGCUUUGAAUCAACUUGAGUGAAGCUCCGCCUCCACAGCUGUAUUCAUGGAAGACGAGCAUCGAUAUUUAAGAGGCGUCUGUCUUACGGUUUGUCAUCCCGUGAGUUCUACGUCAACACCUGCUACCGACAUCCGUAUUUACUGAAACAUGGCGGCACAAACAAACCGCGGUGUCCCGCUCAGUACGCUUUGUCCCAAGUAUCUUCAUUCAAAUUCCACCAGCCACACCUGGCCCUUCAGCGCCAUAGCUGAGCUCAUAGACAAUGCCUAUGAUCCAGAUGUCAGCGCCAAACAGUUCUGGAUUGAUAAGACUAUGGUCCAAGGACAAGAAUGCCUCAGCUUUAUGGAUAAUGGAAAUGGACUGGACUAUGAAACAAUGCACAAGAUGCUCAGCUUUGGGUACAGUGACAAGACUGCUAUAAAGGGUAUUAAGCCAAUCGGUAUGUAUGGCAACGGUUUCAAGUCUGGAUCCAUGCGUCUUGGCAGGGACGCCAUCGUGUUUUCGAAGUCGGAGAGGGCUUCAUGUGUUGGGAUGCUCUCUCAAACCUACCUGGAAGAGAUUGGAGCUAACCAAAUAAGUGUACCUAUUGUCUGCUUUGAACAGAGACAGACAGACAAGUUCAGUGUAAGACAGGAGCACAAAGCCAGUCUGCAGGACAUCCUGCGCUAUUCCCCUUUCAAGACGGAGGAAGAAUUGCUUGUUGAGGUCAAAGCCAUCAGUUCCAACUGGUCCACACAGAAAACUGGCACACGGAUCAUCAUCUGGAAUCUCCGCAGGACAUCUUCUGGAACAACUGAGUUUGAUUUUGAGAAGAAUCGUUAUGAUAUCCGAAUUCCAUCUGAUGUCAACGAGGAAAUGAAUGACACUCAACAUCCAGACAAGGUCACUUCAAACAUCCCUGAGAGUUUUUACUCACUGCGGGCCUAUUGCAGUAUUCUCUACCUGAAGCCCAGGAUGCAGAUCAUUAUUCGUGGUCAAAAGGUGAACACUCUGCUCGUUGCUAAGAGUCUUGCCCUCGUCAGGAAGGACCACUACAAGCCAACUUUCCUGAACAAACGUAUUCCUAUUACUUUCGGCUAUAACACCAAAAGUAAAGACCAGUAUGGCAUUAUGAUGUAUCACAAGAACCGGCUGAUCAAAGCGUACGAACGUGUCGGAUGCCAGCUCAAGGCCAACAACAAAGGUGUGCGGGUCAUUGGGAUCAUAGAGUGUGACUUUCUGGAACCUACCCACAACAAACAGAGCUUUAAUGAAACAGAUAAGUAUAGGAAAACUAUGAACAAUUUGAGCACCAAACUGGAGGAGUACUGGAAUGAAAUGUGCUACAAGAGAAGAAGAGAAGAACCAAACGCCACCACACCAGUGGAAGAUACCAUGAAGCACCCAGAUCAAAACUGGGUGCAGUGUGAUGACUGUUUGCGCUGGCGCAAACUUCCGGAUGGGAUCAACUGCAGCAAGCUUCCAGAUAAAUGGUUCUGCCGCAUGAACCCGGAUCCUCAGUUCAGGAGCUGCCAGACUGAGGAGGAGCCUGUGGACUCUGGUGAUGAGCAACAUUCAUACCCCAAGACCUAUAAACAACAAGAGAGGGAAGACAGAAAGAUUCAAGAGAAGAAAAGACAAAAGGAAACUAGAAAGCGCAAUGAGGAACAACGUCUGGCUGCUCUCGACAGGCUAAAACAGGCCAAUAGACAUCUGCAGACUGCCCAUUCCCCCUCAACCCCCACUACCCUAAAGAGUAGGUUUAACACUGUAUCACCACAAGGGGCUGCUGUGAGGGCUGAAUCCUCUCCAUUUAGGUCCUCUCGACUGUCACAAGCUGCGGGAAAGAGAACACAGCCUGCUUCUCCACAAACAACGCCCAAAAGGCCUAAAAUCAAUGGCUGCUCAGAUACAUCCACAAUAGUCGAUGUGACCCCACAGAGCUCCCCAUCAGUGCUCAUUGAUAAUAAUGAUGAUGAUGAUAGUGGAUCAUCAUCAACUUUGUCACUGGAUAGUGACAAAGACCAGACCUUGCCGAACGGAGUGACACAUCAUCUGGAUAGUGACAAAGUUGUAGGACCUCCCUGUGUGAAUAAAUGUGAUGAGAAAGACUCUUCACUUCACUGCCCCAGUGUCACUGAGGUACAGGACCAGCAGGACCAGCUCCUAGAGCUGAUGCAGGCUACAGCUGUGGAGAGAGACUUCUUUAAGGAGCAGGUCCAUAAACUUACCUGCCAACUGCAAGACAUGCAACGCAGACUGGAGGAGCUGUCUCGGAUCAAUGUAAAGGAGUGUUCUCACCAGGCCAUUCAGACGGAGGAAACUGAGGAGGGGGAGGACUACAAAGCUCUGUUUGAGAGGGCCAAACAGAAAGUCGAUGAACUCAUUAAGGACAAAGAGCUGUUAAUGACAGCUUCUGAGACCAAGACCAGUCCCGCCCAAUGUGAAGAAAAGGACAUCGAUGAUAUUGCACUACAAGUUGACUGUCUGAUUUAUGAACUGCACACAAAGUUGGACAGUAUGGAGGCGGAAAGGGCAAACCUGGCAUCCGAGUGCCAAGAGCUCAGGUUGGGCCUGCAGCAGGAGAGGGAAAAUGCCAAAGGGGGAAGCACAACUCCACACAGAACCACUGAUUAGAUUAGAAGUGUGAUUGAGCUGAGGCACAACAUCGGGCGCCUUCUCCUCUCCUUCGUGCCGGCUCUGGACCUGGACCAGGUCAAUUAUGAGUGCAAUGUAAUCGAUGAGAUCCUUGAACAGGUGCUUUCAAAUGUGGAUUCCAUCGAAUGGGUGCAGCACAACAAAUGAAUAAACAAUUGAAAUUAUCCUGGAAUGAGGAACAGUACUCCACCUAUAAAUAAUGAGAAGGGAAUUUUAUGAUUGUGUUAGUAACCGUGCUGUUUGAGUUUUUGUUUUUCCAGCAACAUGUGCUUUUUGUUUACACUUUGAUCAUGUGGUGUUGUCAUGUGUUUUCUGUUUUUGUUUUGAAAAGUCAUGUGGCCCUGACUCUUUGUUUGUUUUCCCGCCAUUUUGUGUGCACACCUGAUUUCUGUUUGUGGUGAUUGGUUUGUGGGUAUUUAAGUCCGGUGUGCCUUGGAGUCUCUGCCAGAUCAUGCCAGUUAAUACCUGAGCCUUUCCAGAGUUCCGUAAAUCUUGUUAUAUUCUGUCUGCCUGUGAUUUUUGACCUUUGCCUGAUUUUGACCUGCCCUGUUUGGAUUCUGUGUUUUGGAUACCUUUGCCUUGGACUCGGUUCUGACUUUUUGGAUUUUUUGACCUCUGCCUCCCUAUUGACUACGAGACUGUUUUUGCCCUUUGGAUUGUUGCUUGAGAACUAAAUUAAAUCUACUCUGAACCAAGAGCUGUGUGUCUGCUAGUGGGUCCUUUUCUACUGAAUCCCUAACAUGAAGUUGUAUUUAUUUCAAGGUGUUUUCUUAUUGAUGAACAGUAAAUUCAAAACUAUGAGCAGCUUUGCACUUUCUUUAUCUCAACAGAUGAAAACUGCUAUAAAAGCAGUAUAAACAAUACAACCACAGUGUACAUAAAUAAAUGUUAUAGGCUAUUCGCUUUGCUGGGUAGAAUCAUAGAAGUCAAAUGCUAUGUUGAGGUUUUCAUGAAAGAUAGGCUCUGUAUCUGAUUUUGUUUGUUUUACAAUGAAAGCUAUCUGUUUUCUCUUUGAUUUGAAUU